UCUUCAUCAUCAUCAUUCUCCUCUUCUUCUUCAUCACUCGCAUCUCUCCUUUACUCACUCUCACAGCUCUCUCCCCCUUUCAUCAAUCUCCUUCAUCACAGACCGUGGCCAAAUCUCACCUACUUGGUCCAGUCCACCGAGUUUAAGAUUUCAGGCCACAUUCCACCUCCCCUCAGCAAUGUUUGGCUUUCUCCGCAACCAGAGCCGCGGCGGCUCGCGCACUACCUCCCCCUCACGCCGCGGUCCCCGCAUCUACAUCAAUGUCCCCAGCUACGGAGGUGUCUUCAUGACCCGCCCUGCACCUGAUCAGGACCACGGGCAGGUUUCCACCCCCGCCGACAUUGACCAUCGCGGACGCGAGCUGCACGGUGAGGUUGAAAUCGACCUUCCUCGCGGAACUGGCAGGAGGCGAUGCCGCGCCGUACGCGUCACCCUCCGCAACGUUAGCAGGCUGUACAUGGGCCAGGAGCGGGGGUGGGAGGAGGACGUGCUGUUCGAGCGUGCACUCGAAGUCAAGGGCGCUAUCAUCUUGGAAGAGGGCGUGACUCGGUUCAACUUUACGAUCGUCGUACCUUGGUCGCUCGCGCCGUACGAUGUUCACCCCACGGGGCAGAUCAACACGACUAUCCACGCCGAGAUAGAAGGGCUUGGGGGCAAGAGCGCGCGCAAGUCGCCCUCACCUGGCGCGUCACUCGUUAGCACUCCUUCCGGGACGCCGCGGCGCGGGCGCUCGCCAGUGCGUCAGCGCUCGGCGCCACUGCCAGAAAACGGUGCGCAAUCCAGUGGGAGCGGGACUCCGCUAGAAGGCGCCGGGACCAGCACCGGCUCCGGCGACGGCAUCAGCGCGCCCAGCACAGACGAGAUUCUUUCUCAGAUGCUCGUGUCGUGGAGCGACCCUGUGAGCACGACUCCAUCCAAAGAAGAGUCGGAGGUCAAGUGGCUUACGGGUACGGUCAAGACGAGCCGCUCCAUCACGCUGCUGUACAACCCGGACCCCAACAAUGGGGUGUCAACCCUCGACGAGCGGCGUCGUGGCGAUGUGGAGGGACUCGGCGCGUUCGACGUGCGAUACCUGUCCCAAGUGUGGACCGUUUGCGCACUCAUGAACAUCAUGCUCAAUUUCGCCAAACCCGAUCCGAAAACGACCAUCUACUAUGCGCGCGUGUCCUUGGUGCAGCGCAUGGAAAUGAAAUCACCUCGCGACGACCCCGUCACCACCAAGCCCCGCAUUUCGCUGACGACCUUCCCGCUAUGGGAGAAGGGCAUCCGCCCACCACCCCAGCGCCCAACUCCAGGUACGCCUGCGAUCUGGCGCGGCACCGAGGCGAGUGGCAAGGACGAGGGCGGAUUCACUCUCGUAGGGAGCGCGCGUUUGCCGACGGACGAGACCGGACGGCCAUCGACUCUUCCUCUCGUCCAAACCCCGAUGGUGACAUCACACUCGCUCAUUCUCGAGGUCUUUUACUCGGUGUUCGGCGAGGACGUGAGCGGCAAUCCGCUGCCUACCCCAGGACAAGGGCACUUGCGCAUGCUCAAGGUUGACAAACCUGUGACGAUCCCCAGUUGCGCCUUCAUCCCCGACGUUGUGGACCUGCCGUCCUACGAAUCGCACAGCUUCAGCUCGGAGGCAUGCAAGAUUUGCAGCACUCCCGCUGCCGAGCAGCUGUGCCGCACAUGCAUGAGCUCUGUUCCCCACGUGCGCCACGACCACGCACCGAAGCUCGUCGGCAACGAGAACGGAAUUUGCCCCGACUGCGAAUACCGAUUCGUGACGGACGACGUCAAGAACAAGUGGGCCGACUGCGCAUGCGGCCUGAGCCUGCAGGAACUAGAGGCGCGUAUGCGCGCCAUAAACCUCGAGGAUGUGGGUGAUGAGCCUGUGACCCCGACAGCGCACAAGGAGGAGGAGCGGCGAGGCCGACGCGGCUUGAGCGGCGACAGCUGGCCGAACACGCCCGGGGACUGGGACGACUGCACACCGAGCGGGCAGGGCACCGCAGAGGAGGGCGGAGGCGAGGAAGAGCGGCGUGGCCGCUCGCCGACGGUCAAGGGCUGA